GGUCAGCGCCGCUGUCCCCGGGUCGCCGUCUCCCGCGAGGCCACCUGGCCCAGCACCCUAGCCAGGAUUCCGCGCAGGGACACACACAGGUGGUGCUGGGCCUGGAGCCGCUGCCAUGGAACCUUUGUUCCCAGCCUCCAUCCCCAGCUGGAAUACCUCCUCAGUUGCCUCUGGAGGUGAUCACAAUAGGACACUGAUGGUGCCAGUGCCCCUGGGGGGAGCCCGGGCAGUUCUGGUGCCCGUGCUCUAUCUACUGGUAUGUGCUGUGGGGCUGGGUGGAAACACGCUGGUCAUUUAUGUGGUGCUGCGGCAUGCCAAGAUGAAGACGGUCACCAACGUGUACAUCCUCAACCUGGCGGUGGCCGACGUGCUGCUCAUGCUGGGGCUGCCCUUCUUGGCCACGCAGAAUGCCGUCUCCUACUGGCCCUUUGGCCCCUUCCUGUGCCGUCUGGUCAUGACGCUGGAUGGCAUCAACCAGUUUACCAGCAUUUUCUGCCUCACCGUCAUGAGCGUCGACCGCUACCUGGCUGUCGUCCACCCACUUCGCUCCGCCCGGUGGCGCCGUCCACGGGUGGCCAAGUUGGCCAGCGCCACCGUCUGGGCCUUCUCGCUGCUCAUGUCCCUACCUCUCCUGGUCUUUGCAGAUGUCCAGGAGGGCUGGGGCACCUGCAACCUCAGCUGGCCGGAGCCCGUGGGGCUGUGGGGCGCGGCCUUCAUCGCCUACACGUCCGUGCUGGGCUUCUUCGGGCCCCUGCUGGUCAUCUGCCUGUGCUACCUGCUCAUCGUGGUGAAGGUGAAAGCUGCGGGCGUGCGCGUGGGCUCGUCACGCCGCCGGCGCUCCGAGCGCAAGGUGACUCGCAUGGUGGUGGUGGUGGUGCUGGUGUUCGUGGGCUGCUGGCUGCCCUUCUUCAUCGUCAACAUCGUCAACCUGGCCUUCACGCUGCCCGAGGAGCCCAUCUCUGCUGGCCUCUACUUCUUCGUGGUGGUCCUGUCCUACGCUAACAGCUGCGCCAACCCCCUGCUCUACGGCUUUCUCUCUGACAACUUCCGUCAGAGCUUCCGGAAGGUUCUGUGUCUGCGCAGGAGCUACGGGGCAGAGGUGGCAGACACUACGGAGCCACGGGCCGACAAGAGUGGGCGGCCGCAGGAGGCCACGCUUCCCACGCGCAGCUGUGAGGCCAACGGACUCAUGCAGACCAGCAGGUUGUGA